AUGGCAGCCCGUCCUAGCGCCGACCAAGCGCUUUCUACUCCUAUACAUCAGGUCUCUUUCCUGGAGAAGCUGGACAUAUUCCCGGGACUACUGUCACUGAUCGGGACAGCGCUAUAUACGGCGGCCACCGCCCCAUUCCGUGGCGAGUCAGGAGCUCAUACCUAUGGGCAGCAUAUCUCCUUCACCCUCGUGCGAACGAUGGUGAAAAGGUUCAGCACGCUUCAAUUGCAGUAUCUAGGCGCGCCGUUUUCAAAAAUUUAUGAAAAGUGGUGUCAAGGCGUUCACGUCCAGCCAGAGUUUGUGACUUUGAAAUCUGGAUGCAAAGCGUUCUGGGUGGGUGAUCCGAAGACGGCCAAAUACGUCUGUGUGUAUUUCCACGGAGGCGGCUUCUCGCUCGAUGGUGACGAUACCCAUCUCCAAUUCUGGGGCAGCGUUCAGAACGACCUCAAGGGCGACGACAUCUCAAUUGCGUUCUUGUUCCUCGAGUACUCGCUCGUGCCACACGCCACCUUUCCAAAGCCAAUCUACGAAGCCGUCGAAGCCGUCAAAUACGUCUUGGAAGACUUGAAUCGCCCGGCGUCGCAGGUUCUCCUUGCGGGCGAUUCCGCCGGUGCCAACAUGUGCCUCGGGGUGCUAUCACAAAUCAUGCACCCCUCCUCUGAAUUCCCGGAUCUCAACCUGGCCGAUGGUGAGAAACUCAAGGGUAUUGUGGCAGUGGCACCGUGGGUCAGCUUCAAUCUUGACUGGGACAGCGAGAGGAGGAACCGCCACAAGGACAUUGUCAGCCAAUACGCUGGUCGAAAGUGGUCCGAGGACUACCUGGCAGGGAAACCGUCAACGCCCUUUGCUGAGCCGCUCAAUGCUCCGACAGAGUGGUGGAAAGACGCCAAGGUUGAGAACCUCCUGGUGGUGUGUGGUGGGAACGAGAUCCUGGUCGACUCGAUUGCUCAAUGGGUGGAGAAGUACAAGUCCGUCAACCCGGACUCUAUAACCCAUGUGGUCGGUGCGAACGAGGCACACAUUGCUCCCAUCAUCCACUUGCGAUUCGGCGACACGGCCGAGACGGAGCAAGGAAAGGCCAUCAAAUCGUGGCUCAAGUCAAAACUGUGA